AUGUCCAUUCCACAGGGGACAUUGCCAAAUAAUAUUACAUCCAUUGUCCUGCUAGGAUUUCCAGAUGUUCAUAGCUUCAAUUUUCUAUUUUUCUCAUUACUGAUUAUUCUAUAUUUUGGAAUCAUUUCUGGAAACCUUCUCAUUAUGUCUUUGUAUUUGGUAAGUAAAAACCUCCAGUCCCCCAUGUACUUCUUCAUCACACAGCUAUCACUAUGUGACCUUCUGGUGACCACUGAUGUUGUCCCCACCCUCCUUCACACUGCCCUUUAUGGAGAAAUCGCUGUCUCUCUCAUCUACUGCAUCUUCCAGUUGUGUUUCUUUGUCAUGUUAGAGUGUCUGGAAUGUCUUCUUCUGUCACUGAUGUCUUAUGAUCGAUAUCUGGCCAUCUGUAACCCCCUCCGGUAUUACUCUCUAAUGAAUUAUAACUUUUGUGUGACAUCAGUGACUUUUAUAUGGUUCAUAAGUUUUAUCAUGUCACUAAUAGAUUUCAUUUUCAUACAUAAUAUAUAUUUCUGUGGACCACACGUUAUUGACCAUUUCUAUUGUGAUUUUGAACCAGUAGUUCAGCUCUCCUGCUCUGAUACAUCUGUAUUUCAUACCCAGAUUAUUAUUUUGGGAUCAUUUGUUAUUAUGGGACCAUUUAUAAUUAUUGUGGUGUCCUAUGUGUACAUUGCCAUCACUAUUCUGAAGAUCCCAUCCAAUACCGGAAGACAUAAAGCCUUCUCCACCUGUAGCUCCCACCUCAUUGUGGUUUCCUUCUUUUAUGGAACUUUAAUAAUUGUUUACUUGUUCCCGACAAAAGGACAAUCUCUGAUCCUGGGUAAAGUCUUGUCUCUGAUUUAUACUGUGGUGACCCCAUUACUCAAUCCUAUCAUAUAUACCUUGAGGAACAAAGACUUGAAAGAAACUGUUAAUAAACUUAAACAAAUUUUAUAA